GGGGCUAUGGCUCUCGCGCCCGUCUCCCUUUUCGUCAUGACGCUCACCUGUGCGAACCUCUACCUGGCGCACGGCAGCAACAGACACGCCGUCCACUGGAACAGCUCCAACGUACACCUGCAAAAAGAGGACUACACAGUCCAGGUGAGUGUCAACGACUACCUGGAUAUCUACUGCCCCCUCUACAAUGGCAGCCACCAUGGGGGAACGUCAAACGAGCAGUACGUGCUCUACAUGGUUAGUUACCGUGGAUACCGGACCUGCGACCCCAAGUGGGGCUUCAAACGCUGGGAGUGCAGCAAGCCCCAUGCUCCAAAUGCCCCCAAUGUGCCCAUCAAGUUCUCAGAGAAGUUUCAACGUUACAGCGCCUUCUCCCUGGGCUACGAGUUCAACGUGGGCCAUGAAUACUACUACAUCUCCACGCCCACCCAUCACCAUGACCAUAGCUGCCUACGACUGAGGGUGUACGUCUGCUGCUCCACACCAUCUCACGCAGAUGAUGACUCUAAUCCGGCAGUGCCAGACUAUACUGUCAGACCCAACAUCAAAAUACAUAGCAUCGAGGAGUUCAGCCCUGAGGUGCCCAGGUUGGAGAAGAGCACCAGUGGGAGUAGCCCUUCCCAUGACCGCCUGUUGCUGACAGUGGCCACCUUCUUCCUGGCCACUCUGUCUGUCUCCUAG